AUGAAGGAGACAGCCAAUUCAUGUAUGCUUGUAGCAACUCUCAUUUCUACUGUGGUCUUCGCAGCAGCUCUCACAGUUCCUGGUGCCAGUAACAAGAUAUCAAAUACUUCUUAUUUCCACAAAGAGCAGUGGUUUAUGAUUUUUAUUCUUUCAAAUGCAGUAGCACUCUUUACCUCGGCAGCAUCAAUUGUGUUGUUACUGUCCAUUCUUACUUCAAGCUAUGCACAAAGUGAGUUUGUGUAUUCAUUGCACAAAAGGUUGAUGUUUGGGCUCACAAAACUCUUCAUCUCCAUAACAACCAUGGUCUCAGCCUUUAUUGCUGCCAUCUUUUUGAUCUUUGACUACAAGUUAGAAUGGGUUCCUUAUGUCAUUGCUUCACUUGCCUGUGCUCCAGUGAUUUUGUUUCUUGUGUUACAUUCGAGCCUUUGGGCUGAUUUAAUCCGCUCAUAUUAG